AUGGUUGAUUUUAACGUCAAUGGUAAAACUGCUGUGAUUACAGGUGGUACAAGAGGUUUAGGAUUACAUUGUGCUGAAGCAUUUGUUUUAAAUGGUGCUGAUUGUGUUGUAAUUACUUCAAGAAAGGCUAAAGCUUGUGAAGAAUCUAAAGCCUUAUUAGAGAAACUUGCUAAAGAUAAUGGUAAAGAUUGUAAAAUUGUAGCUAUUCCAUCAGACUUAUCUGUUGAAGAAGAUUGUAUUAAGUUUUUCGAAGCUACCAAGAAGGAAGUCAAGAAAGUUGAUAUCUUAAUUGCUAAUGCUGGUGCUACUUGGGGUGCUCAAUUAGAAGAUCAUCCUAUCUCUGCUAUGCAUAAAGUUCUUAGUUUAAAUAUCGUUGGAGUCUUCAAUUGUAUUAAAUUGUUUGCUCCUAUGUUGGAAGAAGCCGGAACUCAUGAAGAUCCAGCAAGAAUUGUUAUCAUGUCAUCCGUGGUUUCAUUGAUCAAUGUUGAUCAAGCGGGUGUUUAUGGGUAUGCUGCUUCAAAAGCUGGUGUCAGUCAUUUAGGUAAGAAUUUAGCUGUUCAAUUGGGCCCAAGAAACAUUACUGUCAACUCAUUAGCUCCAGGUUUCUUCCCUUCAAAAAUGAGUGAUGGUUUAAUUGCAGCUGCUGGAGAUAUCAUGAUUGAAUCAAAUCCUAGAAAAAGAUUAGGUACUAAAGAGGAUAUGCAAAGUGCCAUUUUAUUCUUAUGUUCCAAACAAGCCAAUUAUAUUAAUGGUAUUGUAUUACCAUUAGAUGGUGGAGCUUACUUGAAUGGAGGUGGUGCCAAAUUAUAG